AGUGCAUGUGGACUACACACACAUGAGUAAAGACACGGACAGAGGAGCUGCUAGUGGAUUGUAUGAGAGUGUUGCACUGAAUCUGACGGAGUUAUGUACUGUGCUCAUCCUGUCUCUGGCACAGGCAACAACUCCCUGAUGUAUUGCUACAACAUGAAACCGGUUUAUGGGCAGUCUCCCAAUAAUGACGACGACAUCAACCAGAACUCAUCUUUUCAUCCAUCCUCCAAGGCCCACAACAAUGUGUUCGCAAGCACCUUCUUUGAGGGGACAAGCAAUUCGCCCGACAUCUGGAAUGCUGUAAAUGGGCUGAACCAGCAGGGCUAUGAAGGUGCUCUGGGAGCAGCCCACCAGACCCAGGCGGGGGGGUACAGCAGCCUGCAGCCGGUGCAGCACAGUCACCUGGACUACUCUCCACACUCAGUGGUGGCUGCCGACAUGAACAGGGGUCUCCCUCCAAUGUCCACCUUUCACCGCAACAACACAGCAUCACACACUCCGACAAUCAACAACUCAGACAAUUCAACAGUCUCAGGAAGCAAGGGACAUGUGUCAGGAGGAUCACAGACAGGCGAUACCUUGGGCAAAGCUCUGGCCUCUAUUUAUUCCCCCGAUCACACCAGCAGCAACUUCCCCUCCAGCUCGUCCACACCAGUCAGGUCUCCGUCCCCGAAUGCAACUGAACCUGCAGGUACCAACAUGUGGCCCCGGAGUUCAGCCCAAGCACCAGUCUCACCACACUACGAGUCUUCCCUUAUAUCAUUGUCUCAGGUGGAGGACCGGCUGGACAGACUGGACGAUGUGAUCCACGUCCUGAGGAACCACGCUGUGGGCCCCACGGCCGGCCUGCCUGCAGACAUCCACGGCCUGCUGAACCAGAACCUGCAAGGCCUCCUGGGAUCUGCCGGCCCCCUGCCGCUCACCUGCCACACUCCAGCCAUGGUUGAAGCUGUCAAUAUGAACAACAACCACCCAGCCUUCCAGAGCCACACACAAAAUGGCCACCCGUACCCAAUCAGACAGAGGGCCACAAUACAUGACAUGCAAAGUGCAGGAAGUAAUCUGGAGCUGAAGAUGGAGAGCAGGGAACGGGAAGAGAUGAACCACACUAACCACAGUCACAGCUCCGACAGCCAGAGGUCAGAUGAGGAGAGCAAAAACAAAACACAAGGAGAUAACAGUAUCGAUGAGGAUGAGAAUCUGACCCCGGAGCAGAAGGCCGAACGUGAGCGCGACAGGAGGAUGUCCAACAACUCCCGUGAGCGCCUGCGUGUGCGGGACAUCAACGAGGCCUUCAAGGAGCUGGGUCACAUGGUUCAGCUGCACCUGAAGAGCGAGAAGCCGCAGACCAAGCUGCUGGUGCUGCACCAGGCCGUGUCUGUGAUCCUCAGCCUGGAACAACAAGUCAGAGAGAGGAACCUGAACCCGAAGGCAGCGUGUCUGCGGAGGAGAGAGGAAGAGAAGGCGUCUGCAGCCAUGGCGGAUCAACAGUCCAUGCAUCUCGCUUUCCAUCCCAGUCUGACAGACCCAUCAAACCCCAUGGGCCACCUCUGAGCAUCUGAUAAUAACUGAAUCAAAUACAGCAUAAAAUGCUGAUCGAAGAGCAACCAGGAAGCCCUCUCAGUUUGAACAAUCAUCUCCUUGCUUCCCAACCGGACUUCUAACUUUGUGCCUACACUUAACUUGUAACAGACAAAUGCAUUGUAAACUGCCGAUGUUUUGUACAUAUUUUAUAUAUUUAUUGGUUAUCUGUCUGUUUUGAAUAUACAGUAUCUGAAAGGAUGAAACCCAGUAGUGACGAGUGUCAUCUGCAGUUUUGAUUUUUGGAGGAGCCAGAUAUGUUUCUGAUUGAUCUUUUCAGUGUAUCACUAUUAACCACGUACACUCGUGAUUUUCACCGAGCUCAGAGAACUGACAUUCCCAUAUUUGUGUUCAGACAUCGGAUUUCAAUUGUCCUGUGGUGUGUGUGAGAGUGUGUGAGCUGUUGUUUAGUGUGUGCAUGUGUGCGAAGGAGUUUGACCAUUCUAUGAAUGAACAGAUCUCCCAAAAUGUUCUUUGACAGGUCGGCAUCAUCUGUUAUUUGUACACAUUUCACACAUUUAUGUAAUAGCACUGUUAACAGGAUCACACUUAACGAGACAGAGGUGGAAAAUGGACUUCGUCUUCUCAGAGUAAAUCUCGCUCUUCAGACUUAGUCAAAGCUCUUUGCAUGUUUGAGUUUUUACUAGAAUAUUAAUUUUUUAUAAGUUAUGUAACUUAUCUUUUAUAAUAUUGUGCAUUUCAUAAUGUCUCCAUUUACUUUUAUAUAUGAAAACCUUUUUGUGCUGUUUUAAUAGAUGUAGCCAUAUUCCAUGCUCUGAGCAAUACAGUGUAAAAUAAUAAUUGAUGUCUUGUUUGCAUAUCAAACUGCUAAACAAAUAAUAAUUAAAAAUAAUCUGAAAUUAUUUCCAUCAUGACAUGUACAGUUUAAGUAGCCAACAGGCAUGUGUCAAAUGAUAAUGUAGCAAUAAAUGUGUCUUU